AUGCUCGAUGGGCGACGCGGGCACCGAGGUCCUGGCGGGGGCGCUGCCCUCCAUGCCCGCCCUGCAGCAGCUGAACUUGGAAAACAACAGCAUGGGCGAGGCGGGCGCCGAGGCCCUGGCGGGGGCGCCGCCCUCCAUGACGGCCCUGCAGAGCUGAUCCUGACCAACACCGCUCUGGGCGACGCGGGCGCCGAGGCCCUGGCGAGGGCGCCGCCCUCCACGCCCGCCCUGCGGACGCUGUACCCGCACAACAACGCUCUAUGCGACGCGGGUGCCGAGGCCCUGGUCCUGUUCUCGAAUGGCAAUAACAUCAGCGACGGAGCGAACGACGCGAUGCGGGACGCCUGGGGCGACCGGAAAGGGCACUUGCACGUGGGCACGUGGCCACCAGGGCAGACCAUGAAGUCGGUACGCUGCGAUUGCUCUGCACGUUUUUCCGUGCAGCUGCAAAUCAACGAACAUGACCCGGUCGCUGGUGUCAACAAAUACGUGUUUGCCGGCGUGUCUGGCGUUGACGGGGACACCGACGCCUGUGGCAUCGUGGCGAUGGCCGACGGAGGCCGCGUGCAGGUCUUCGCCCGCGUGCGGCCGGUGGGAGGCAACGAGGGGGCCGCCUCGUGCUGCGUCGAGGCAGACGGCGACGACGGUACCGUGCUGGUGCGCGACGAGGCCGCCGCCCUCGAGCGCGUGGCGCGCGGCGAGGGCGUGGAAUCGGCAAUCGGCUCGGUCGAGGGGCGCCAGUUCUCCUUCGACGGCGCCUUUGGCCGCGGCUGCUCCCAGCGCGACAUCUUCGCGCAGGUCGGGGCACCCGUACUGCGGGAGUGCAUGAACGGGUUCAACGGCACCAUCCUCGCCUACGGCCAGACGGGCAGCGGGAAGACCUUCUCCCUGCUGAACCAGGCGCAGGGUGGUGAGGACACCGGCUUGCUGCCUCGCCUCGUCGCCGGCCUCUACGUGCAGGUCGCGCGCGACCGCGCGAACGUCUACCAGGUGGACGCGGCCGCGCUGCAGGUCUACAACGAGCAGGUGGACGACCUCUUGGCCCCUGGGCAUCACGACGGCGUCGGCCACGGCCUGCCCGUGCAGAACGGGGGCUCGGUGCCGAACCUCACGUGGAUCGAGUGCACACGGCCCGACCAGAUGCUCGAGACUUUCUCUCGCGCGCGCGCGAACCUGAUCUACGCGGAGACCAAGAUGAACAAGGCCUCCAGCCGGAGCCACGCCGUCUUCCAGAUGCGGAUCACGCGCUGCGCCCGCGCGGGCGCGGCGGCGGCGAACGGCGCGCCCAAGCGCAUGGAGGGCACGCGUUCGAUCUUCACCGUUGUCGACCUCGCGGGCUCCGAGCGGGUGAAGAAGAGCGGCGCAGAGGGUGCGCGCUUUCAGGAGGCCGCGGCCAUCAACAAGAGCCUGCUGGCGCUGGGCAACGUCGUCAGCGCCCUGGCCGCCAAGAAGAAGCACGUCCCCACCAGGGACAGCAAGCUCACUCGGCUGCUGGAGGGCUCGCUCGGCGGCAAUUGCAAGACGUCCCUGCUUGUCUGCGUCAGCCCGGCCCUCGAGAACCAGGGCGAGACGCUGUGCACGCUGGACUUCGCGUCCCGCGCCAUGUGCGUGGAGGUGGACGCCAAGGUCAACGACACCGUCGUCGAGGUGAGUGCCCAGGCGCUGGUGGCGGACCUGAGCACCACCAUGCCGGGGCUCCACCUGGGCUCCGAGCUGGACGAGCUCCGCAAGACCACCGGCCAGGCUGUCGAGCGCGCGGAGGAGGAGGCGCGUCGCCAGAGGCAGGCCGCCGACGCCGCGCACUGCGAGCGGCAGCGCCUGCGAACGGAGGCGGAAGAGGCGACCCGCCGGGCCAGGUCCCGAGAUGCGGAGGUGCAGGCGCUCCGCGACGAGUGCCAGCAGUCCAGGGACGAGGCGCACUCGCUCCGGCGGUCCGUCAAGCGGCUGGAGGGCGAGGUGCGGCGGCUGAGCGAGGACGCGGCCGACGCUCAGGGUCUCUCCGGUGACCUCCAGGAUGCCCGGCAGGCGCAGGCGGAGGCGGAGCUGGAGACAGCGCGGCUCAGGCGCCAGGUGCAGCAGCUGGAGGAGCGGGUGGCCGAGCUCCUCGCGGUGUCCGAGGAGCAGAACCAGGAGAUGACGCGGCUGACGCAGCUCGCGGACGACCUCAGCAGGCAGCUCAAGGAGCAGCACACCGCCUGCACGGGGGCUGGCGAGAAGGCGCGGGCAGCCGAGGAGGAGCUGCAGAGGGUCUGCGUCGAGCGCGACGGGCUGGUGAAGCGCGCCACCACAGCGGAGGCCGCACAGGCGGAGCAAUCCUCCGCUGCGGCCGCGGCGGCAGAGCGCGCACAGUCGACCGAGGCGAAGCUCGCCAAGAUCUCGGAAGAGCGCGACCAGCUCCUGGAGCGCGCGGGCGCGAGCGAGGCCGCGCUGACGCGCGAGGCCGCACGGGCCGAGGUGGAGCGCAGCGCGCUCUCCGCGGAGCUGGCGGAGGCCCGCGAGCAGCACGGGGCUCAGGCUGCGCAGCUGUCCCAACUGCGGCUGGAGUCGACGGAGGCCAUACGCCGCCGCCAGGCGCUGGAGGCGGACUUGGCGCGCACGGGCCAGGAGCUCGAGCUCCGGACCGGGGAGCUCGAGCGCGCCGCGGCGGAGCUGCAGAGCGCCAGGGCGGCCUGCGAGUCCACGGCCGAGGCGCUGAGGGACAGCCACUCCGCCGAGAGGCAGCUGGCGGCCACGGCGCACAGCGCGGAGGUCGCGCGGUUGCAGGGCGAGUGGGCCGCCCAGCGGCAGUCCCUGGAGAGCUCGCUGCAGACUGCGCGCGAGGAGUGCGCGCGGACGGCUGCCGAGGCCGAGGCGCGCGCGCGGGAGGAGAGCUCGCGGAGCGAGGCCGAGCGCGCAGCGCUUGCCUCCUCCAUGGAGGAGCGCGUGCGCGCCCUGGAGGCCGAGCGCGCCGAGCUGCGCCUGCAGCUGGAGGGCAAGUGCCGCGAGCUGCGCGAGAGCGAGGCGCGCUGGAGAGACAGCAAGGAGCAGGAGGUGCAGAAGGCGUGGGAGGCCGGCAACCAGCAGCAGCGCCGGCUCGCGGCCGCCUUCAAGGCGGCUCGUUGCCUGUCGGCCGCGAAAGAGGCUGCGGCGAAGGAGGCCCACGACGCGCUGGCGAACCGCUUCGCCUCCAGGGAGGAGCCGCCCCGAGGACAUGAGCGCGCUCGAGCGGCAGAGGAGGGACCUCCAGGACCAGGAGCGGGCCAUCGAGCAGGCCAGGAUGGAGCUGAAGAACCGUGA